AUGAGCAAGCUCGAGAAGAAAUGCCCGAUCUGCUACGACAAGCUGCCCUCGCCGGCAGAUGUCCUCGGGCCGAUGGACCGCGAGUUGAACUACUUCAUGUGGAUGCCUGGCUUCGAGUGGAGGCCUGAGCGCGAGGCUGAGGAGGAAGAUUACGACUACGAGAGCGGCUCGUCAUCGCGCAGAAAGGAGCCCGCAGGCGCCGCGGAUGAAGACAUGGAGGAGGCCCUCGAGGAGAUGGUGGAGGCCGACGAGAUGAAGGAGCGCUUCAGCGACAGAGCCUCCGGCGGAAAAAUCACCAGCGACGACGCCCUCGUCCUCGCGCGCCAACUCGGCCUCGCCCCCUCCUACGCCGACAAAGAACACAUCGAGAAACAAAGCGGCGACAACCUCGACUACGCAACCUUCCAGAAAUUCGUCGGCGCAAGUACCCACCCCGAAGACAACAUCGAGGACCUGGUCGAGGCCUUUGCCUACUUUGAUCAAUCCAAGCACGGCUUCCUGUCGCGCAAACAGAUGGCGAACAUUCUGAUGACCUACGGCGAGCCCCUGACGCCGGCGGAGUUCGAUGCCUUGGCUGGGCAGUACUUCAAGGGCGACCAGAUCGACUACAGGGAAUUCUGCGAAGCGUAA